UAAAGAAGUCAUUCACCUAGGUGACUCUCGAAAAUAUUUCUACUAUAAUGUUUUGUAGAGCUUCUAGUGUCUAAACAUUUCUAUCACAUAUCAUGACUUGAUUCGAGGUGGCCUCGCUAGCCAAAAUAUGAUGUUUGCAAAUCACCAGAUUUGAGCUACUACGGAGGGUUUGUUGAGCCGUCGUCGCACGUAUAAAUGCGUAGUGCCUCGCUCCCGUGGCGACUGUCCGCCGAAACGCGCAGCACGCCACCGCACGCUCACGAGCACCCGAAAAUUACAAACAAAAUACCUCACGAAAAUCAAGUACCGUAAAUACAUUCACCAUGAAUAACGCCGAACUGUAUCAAAGAAGCAAUAAUUUGCAGAAGAGGGACGCGAUUGUUUUUUUAGAACAAUACGCGCCUAAAAUGAAAUGGAAGAAGAGUAAUAAUAGGAUUUUAGAUAUAGGGUGCGGAGAUGGUAGCGUCACGAAUAUGUUGAAGAAAUACAUCCCCGUGGAUUUUAAGUUGUUGGGGUGUGAUAUAAGCGAGAAGAUGGUGAAUUACGCGAAUGAUCAUCAUUGCAACGAGCAGACCUCGUUCACAGUCCUGGACAUCGAGGGAGACCUGCCGGAGGGGAUGAAGGGAAACUUUGAUCACGUUUUCUCGUUUUAUGCCCUGCACUGGAUCAUCAACCAAGAGCGAGCAUUCAGAAACAUUUUCAACCUACUGGACUACAAAGGGGAGUGUUUCAUGAUCUUCGUGGCUGGAGCUCCGGUGUUUGACGUCUACCGCAUACUGGCUCACAACAACAAGUGGAGCAAAUGGCUACAGGAUGUCGACAAAUACAUCUCUCCGUACCAUGACUCACAGGAACCAGCAAAAGAAAUUAGAGCAAUGGCUGAAAAGAUAGGCUUCGUCGACAUCGAUGUGGAUUGCAAAGACUUGGUUUUCGUUUAUGAAGACGUUGAUAUACUGAGAAAGGCAAUGACAGCAAUAAACCCGUUCAAAGUCCCACAAGAAUUGUACGAUGAUUUCAUGGAUGAUUAUUUAGAAAUAUUAAAGGAAAUGAACCUUGUGGACAAAAUCAACAAUAAUUACGGAAAAACUGUUCCAUUUAAUUAUAGAUUGUUAGUUGUGUAUGCCCGCAAACCGUCACAGGAUAAAAUGUUAGAUCUGAGUUUAGAGAACUCCACAAAAGAAUAGAUUUGAAUAGUGUUACUGACAGCUUAAAGUUAGUUGCAUAAUUUAUUUUUUGGUUUGUUUUUCUAAGUCAAUUUUCGCAUUUUAUUAUGGGCCUAUUGAGAUUGUUCGAUUUGUGGGAGCAGGAUGGCGCAGUACAGAGCGCAGAGGGUGUCUCGCUUCCACAAAAGGUCCUCUGGCCAAGAAGCCAUCUAAACCUGACAAUUACUUUAAGAAUGACAUUGAUAAUACACAACUAUAGUUAUGUAAAUCAAGUUUUUAUGGCACUUGUACUUGAGGUUAUUGGUCAGGUCACUUUGAAUAAUAGUUCGGUAGUGUCAUGCUAGGCAUUUGUGUUCUUCCGAAAGUUUCUAAUUUAAAAUUAUAGAAAUUACAUAUAUCAAAAAUCACUCUGAAAGCCUACCAUUACCUUUUAAUGUAAAACUCUUACAGUUGUGGAAAAGGGAUGCCGUUAUACAUCGUAUAGUAUGUCAUACCGCUUACACAAUGACUAGAUAACAUUCUAUUCAACUCGGUAACAGCUGGUGGUAGGCUCUCAGUGUUCAUUUAAAAGUAAUUGAAAAAAUAAGAAUAUUACUUCUUAUGUUAGUCUUAAAAGAAUUGAUUUACGGUAUUUAAAGUUUAUUUUUGGUUUUGAUAGGUAUUGCAGGGCUCUGUGUUAGUUAUUUAUUCCAGGUGAUGGCUAAGGGUUUGGAACUGAGUAAUGUUUAGAAUAAGUAACCUGUCAUUUUAUUUGAAAACGCAUCAAAGAAGUACUUAUGUUUUUAAACUUUUUUUUUAAACACAGAAAGUGAAAGAACGCGAUAUUAUUCCAAAAACUGUAGGAAAGCUUUAUUUUUUUAUACUUAAAUCACAUGGUAUUUAAA